CAACAAUUUUUGUCCGGUUCAUCAUCUCUCAAAGUUUUGAACCGGAACCUAGUCCACUCCUCUUCUCUUGUUACAAACCUUGUCCACCUCUCUCCAUAGCAACAUUCAAACAUCAUCUUUCAUGACAGCCACACAUCCACACUCAUCAACCACUGAAUCAUAAAAGCUGGUAGAGAUAAUCUUCAGCAUUUUCAUUGCAAGCUAAGCAAGGAAGGAAGCUCGCACUCCACCAUAUCUUUCUUUGUCAAACAAUCAAUCCCACAAAUGGCUUCUCUCCCUCUUUCUGCCAAGCUCCCUCAUUUGCUCCAUCCCAAAUCUCCUAAAUCCUCCCUCUCUCACAGCCUUGGCAUUCCCACCAAACCCUCAAAAUCCCCAUUUUGCCCUCUCAUAUUCCGACGCCCAUCUUCUUCUCUCCCGACCCCCACCCACUCCUCAAGGCUAAAGCCUCUCGUUUUCGCCAAGGUGACCAAAGGAACGGUGCCACCGGCUUUCACGUUGAAAGAUCAGGAGGGAAGAAAUGUGAGCCUCUCCAAGUUCAAAGGGAAGCCUGUUGUGGUCUAUUUCUACCCUGCCGAUGAGACCCCCGGGUGCACCAAGCAGGCCUGUGCUUUCAGAGAUUCGUACGAGAAAUUCAAGAAAGCAGGAGCUGAGGUUAUUGGGAUUAGUAGCAAUGACACAACGUCACACAAGAACUUUGCCAAGAAAUAUAGGCUCCCAUUCACAUUGCUGAGCGACGAAGGGGAAAAGGUGAGGAAAGAAUGGGGAGUUCCUGCAGAUCUUUUCGGGGCAUUGCCAGGACGACAGACGUACGUUCUUGACAAGAAUGGAGUUGUCCAGCUCAUCUAUAACAAUCAGUUUCAGCCCGAGAAACAUAUCGAUGAAACACUCAAGCUCCUUCAAAGUCUCUAAUGAAUCAGGUUGUAUGUAUGUAUGCAUGUGUGUUUCUCUACCAGAGUUGGCCAUUCAAAAAGCUUGUUUAUAUGUAUGCUAUGUAAUGUACUUUUUUGUGUGAGAUAAUAUACGGAAUAUGACUUUAUUAUCUGUAGUUGGUAUUAUAAUACCCCAGUUCAUGUGGAAUUUGGCUUCGUUUGGAAAUAACAUUUGUGAUUAGUGCAUGUUGGCAUUUUG